AUGCCCUUCUGGGUCGAUUGCUCUCCAGACGAUUCGCUCAUCCCAUUGCCCAUCUAUGCACCGGCACCUGUGCAAGCAAUCGAUGGUGAAGCACCCAAGCUAUCAGCUGCCUUGGUGCAGGACUCCAACGCGGAGGACGCAUUGCAGCCACAAGCCGCCACUGCCAAGCAGGGUGUGGCGGAGUCUUCUGGCCUCGUGUUCCAGGUCGUGCCCAGCACGAGAUCUGCGGAAGAUUUGGCAACACCGAGUGCACCGGACGUCCGAGCUGAAGUCCUCCAGCAGGACGACUCGACUUUCGACUCCCUGGAGCUCUACUACCGAGAGAGCAAGUCUCGACCGGCAGAGAUGCGGCGCCGGGAUGUGAAGGCGUCCUUCGCUUUGAACCGCUACUAUGUCCAUGGGGAGGUCUGUGGCAGCCAGCCGGAGAAAGCUCAAGCCCAGCAAAGGAAGAGCCUGAUGUCGGAUGAUGGCUACCUCACAAAGGAGGGCGCCAAACGCUUCUGUAUGGUUUGCUGCAGCAGUGGCCAUCGGGCCUACGAGUGCCCCGAGACAAGGUGCUUCAUUUGCUGGGAGACUGGCCACAACACCAAACAUUGCCCGAGCAAGAUCAAAUGCAAAUGGUGUAACCGCAAAGGCCACGAUGAGGAGGUCUGCCCAAUCAGACAACUUCGAGCAGCCGAGAAGAAGCGUGAGUGGACAGAGGUGCGAUGCCUCGUCUGUGGUGCUACAGGCCACCUGGCCUGUGACGGCACUGGCAAGUGGUGGGGCGGUUCCCGCUGGGAGGAAGCUGAGGAUGUUUCCGACGGCGAGGACGGCGCGAAUGGCGAGGAACAGGUAGACCAGACCUCGAACAACGAAAGCGGCACAAAGAAGGCCCUGAAGAUGGCGCGGCUCCUUGGCCGGCCCCAACCCGGCGCCAGCGCCACAAGCUCUGAGACCCAGAAGGAAGGCCAGCCCACAACAAAGACGAGCAGUCGAUGGAAUUACCAGGACCGUGGCAGCUGGGACUAUGGAUGGCAAAGUUGGGGUCAGCAAGGCAACCGGUGGCACCAGAGCGGUCGAGAAAAUGGUCGCGACUGGAAAGCUCGUCCUGCGCUGCAGAAAAAGCUUGAGAGGCACAGAGGUCACAAUGGUGCGGGAGCUCGGGCAGGACCAAGACACAAGCAGAAUCGCGAAACUGCGCCAGCUAUGCGCAUUCGCGACAAGCCGUCUGCCAGGGCAGAGAAGCGGGCUCGACAGAGGCGGAGACGGUGA